AUGGAUUCCGUAAAAGCGGCUAGUCUCUAUAGCAGCGGUUGCAGCCACCGUGCAGACAGCACGCCAGACGCUCAACUCAUCAAAAAAGAUCUGUUGCAUUAAAAUCACAUGUUGCAGGAUGAAAUUGCCAUACUAAGACUGGAAAUAGACACAAUGAAAAAUCAAUAUCAGGAGAAGGAAAAGAAAUAUUUGAAGGACUUUGAAAAUGUAAAAAAAAAGAAUGACGACCUUCAAAAGACAAUAAAAUUGAAUGAGGAAACAUCCACAAAAACAAUAUUCCAGUACAGUAGACAGCUUAAUGUUCUGACAGCUAAGCAUACCAUGCUAAAUUCUAAACUGGAGGAUGAAAAACAAAACAAUGAAAGACUGGAAACAGAAGUUGAAUCAUACCAUUACAGACCAGCUGCUGCUAUACAAGAUUGUGUUCAAAGUCGGACAUCUAAAAAGGAUCUAGAACGUGCUUCCCAGAGAGCAAAUGAUGAGUGGAGUGAAUUUCUUUCUCAACAAUUGUCUAAAGCUGAAAUUAAAUCUGAUAGCCUAAAAAUUGUGCUCCAUCACACAAGAGAUGUUCUCAGAGAAAAGACUUCAGUCUUAGAACAUAUGCGUUGGAAAGCAGGAAUCUGUAGAGGAGAGAUUCAACUACAACAUGAAAAUAGUUUUCUUCAACAGCAACUGGAUGAUGCUCACAACAAAGCUGAUCGUGAAGCAAAGAUAGUAAUUAAUAUCCAACACCAGUGUCAUGAUAUUGUAAGAACACUUCAAGAGUGAAAGAACAAGUCUUAUAACUAGAAGAGAGAAACAAGGAGUUCAUCAAUGAGUAUAAUCUUUUAUUUUUAUUUAUUU